AAGCAGGUCAGCCAGCCGCAGGUGCCAGAGCAACAAGAGAUCCCAGGCACCGCUCCCGAGCAGCAGCAAGCAGAAGCUGUAGAAACUUCACAGCAAAAGCAGCCAGAACAAGAACAGCUUGAGGCAAAGCAUGGAGCAGCAUCUGAGAAGCAGGUCAGCCAGCCGCAGGUGCCAGAGCAACAAGAGAUCCCAGGCACCGCUCCCGAGCAACAGCAAGCAGAAGCUGAUGCACCACAAGCAGAUGUACCACAAGCAGACACUUCACAGCAAAAGCAACCAGAACAAGAACAGCAUGAAGGCAAGGCAGCAGAAGAGGAAGGUCAGCCACAGGAAGACACAGACCCCACAUACGAAUGGAGGAAAGGUAUUUCAAAAGAGCAAGAAGAGACGCUAGAUUCACUUAGUGGUUGGGACCGACAACCUGGCUACUUCGUAAUUGAAAUGCCGAGAGACCUGAAACCAUUGAAAGUUUACGAUGAAGCCUUCACAUCUACGAAAAUUGCGGCCGACAUCGCUCUCUGCUUGAUCCAGAAGCGCAACUUCGAGGUGGACAUCACGCGCUCCAUGACGGCCGCAGAACUUCGGGAAAGAGCGCAGGUCUUCGGAGUCAAGGUCAAGUCGAGACGCAAAGCUGAUUUUGUCGAUGCUAUCAUCUUCCAGAACUGUGACAACCAAUUGAAGGAAGACAUCGAAAAGUCUUCGCAAUAUGGUGGUGGAGAUCCUGGUUUCACAAGUGAGCCUGUGGCAGAUCCUGGUUUCAAAAAUGAGCCUGUGGCAGACCCAUCCGAAUCGGUCGAUCCUGCUCAGCCAAGUUCUUCUGGGGGUUCCCACCCAAGCAAGGAAGCAGAAAAAGGUAGCUCCAGUAAAACACCAAAUCAGGAGGGAGAAAAGCAAGAUGAAAAUCAGGAUAUAACUGACAUGUAUGGGAAAGAUGCUCUUGACAUGCCUGGAAAGGGUGCGGAACAAAAUGUAAGUGCACAUGAUCGUUUCAUGCACUGUGAUCUGGUUGUUCCAGCUGUUGCGCUGAACAAGUUCAAGCAGGUGGAAACUCUUCCAGACACUGCAGAGAAAAAGAGGCUUGAAAACUAUGUCGGGGUUCUGGGAGAAGAUGCUUGCAGGAUGUACAAAAAGUCCAGGCCCCGGUUGUGUUGCCUGAUGAUGGGAGAUUACUUCGAGGACGAAACACUCUUUUGGAAGCAUGCUAGCAUCCAAUUGAAAAACAACCCUGUUGGCGGAAUCUUCACCUUUGAUACCUUCGCUGGAGACAUAUCUCAGGUUGUGGCAAAGAUUCCGAACAACCUUGACCCUUCACGUGGGUCGCAUCCAAAGACGGGGAUCUACGUUUUUAUCCUUCCCACAUCCAGACCUCUGAGCAACAACAAAGUCCACGACCGCCCUGACUUUGAGAACAUCACCAUCGUGUUCCAUGAGUUUCAAAAAAAUGAUCAGGUGGAUGCCAAACCUGAUUCUGUGUUCAUCGUGCCAAAUGGCAAGUUGGGAUCUUUGCCACUGGGGCUCUUGCACUCAGAAGACUACCAGAAAAAGGUUGAUCAGCACGAAGCAGGUGAGAAACACAAGGCAGUCGUGGAAGCCAAGUUGAGCAACAAGAGGACCUUGUUGCAGAGGCAGGUGGACACGCAUGCGAGGAAGAAAGCAAGGUUGGAAGGCAUGACAAGCAAACUUGAGGGACAAGUGUCUGGAUUGACUCAAGACUUGGAAAGCACCAAAGAGGCAGUCGAGCUCUGGAAAACAAUCCUUUCUUACAUCAUAGAUGUUGCAACACAUGGCAGCAAAAAAGACCCAGCCAUGUCUUGGCCAGACUAUUUCAUGACUGCUUUCCCAGCCGAUGCUCUUCCCAAGUUGGGCGACAUUCCCGAGGUUUUCCAGGACAACAUGCUCAGUUUUCCAGAUUGCCUUGAGGCUGUGACAGAGAAGCUGGCGCAACUCAGACAGCAUUUGAAAGCAACUGAAGAGAAUUUGGAGAAACAGAGUGCCUCUCUUGAUCAACUUGCCGGAAAAGCAAAAAAGAAGGAAGAAGACGAGAAGCAAAGACUUGAGAAAUUCAGCAAUCAGGAUCCUGCGAAAAUCAAGACGCUUGACUGCUCUAGGAUGGCUGCUAUCUUUGUCAGGAAGCGAAGAAGACAAAACUAUCACAGCAAGGUGGCUCUGAAAGGAAAGCUGAGGAGAGGCAGGAAGGACGAAGAGUGGGAUGAGAAACCUGCAAAGGCCCGUAGGCAGAUCUGGAUUGAAGACAAACUCAAAGCGGUGCGGCUGUACAAUGAAUUGAAAAAAAACCGGGACGAGGCAGCAGCAGUAGCACGUGAAAGGAUUCCUAGAAAUCUCACGAAUGAAGAAAGGGAGGCUUUUUUGGAGCACAGAGCCAAAGCCAAAGACAUCUUGAAAAGGAAUCUGCAGAAAGAAGUUGAAAGGCAAUUACCAAACAUUGUUCGCACGUGUCAUGUACACAAAUGGGCAAAGCAAGCCGAAGACGAAAAAUGGGAGUUGUUGCCUGCCUCAGAUCGCAGCCGCCUCGUCGAAGUGCCGAAAGCAUGGCGUCAGAAGUUUGCGCUUCCAGCCAAAGGGAGGCCUGUGGGAGGUUUCGUGCCUGAGGAACUACAAAAAGAUCUCGACCGAAUCAUCGCAGAGCACGUGCUAGGCCAAUCGGAGGUGACUGAACGAAAAGAAGUAGAGGACUCCAUAGCUAUGUUAAAGGGUUUUUGCAACACCAUACGGCUGAACCAUCAACACCAGUGCAUCCAAGUGAAAACUCUUUUACUCCAAGGAGACAUCGGCAAACAUUCUGAUCGAGAAUUGGAACAACGCUUUGCCAGAGACAAAGCCACUGAUCGAUGCGCAAAAUGCGCAGUUCAGGGAAAUGUUUGCCAAGGGCCAGCUUUCAAUCUCAGGUCUUUCAAAGGUCCUUUUGCCCUCUCCAGAGCCUCUUAA